AUUGUAAAAAAUUUGAAAUAAUAAUCAGAGUGGGGAAUAUAGCUAUCAACAAAGCCUGCUAUUGAGUGAUUCCAAAUAGCGUGCAGCAUUAACUAGUUUUAUUUUUCUUUACGUGGAACUGGACUUGGCAUUUGCUGCUGAGAAACUUAAAAUAAAUGCAAAGAAUUUUCAAAUGGAUGCAAACAAGAGCUUCAAAUGCAACGAACCCGGCUGUGGCAAAGCCUUCUGGUAUAAGGCGGCGUUGAAACGACAUUUAAACACGCACAAGGAGAACGAUCCAGAUGCACCCAUUGUUUCUUGGGGCUGCAACAAUUGUACGAAAAUGUUCACAACAGUCGAAUCGCUGCGACGACAUUUCAGAACUGCCCAUGGCUCUGUCUAUGUCUACCCCUGUCAAUAUGAAGGCUGCAACCAGAUGUUUCAGCGCAAGGAUAAUUUAACACGUCAUGCGGCCUCGCAUGCGGACAAUAAGCAUUGUUGCGACAUCUGUGGAAAGUCCUUUGCCCGCAAGGAUGCGCUGACAAGGCACAAAGUCAUUCAUACGCGAAAGGCCCAAGCAGCCGAAACUACAUCGAAGCAAAGCCAAACUAGAUUGAACCCUGUUCUCGCCAAGCACAGAUCUGUGGGCUCUUCAAUGUGAGAGUAAAAUGAAAUAAGUGAGUAUAAAACAUCUGAAAUGUUCCACAAUUUCAUAACUUAAAUCUGAAACCAUAUUUACAGGUUGGCAAAGUGCUUUAGAAAUUAAUAGGUUAAACAGCAUUUGAAAUACAAAUUUCUUACAAUAAAGUUGAAGCUUUGGGUAAAUAUGCUCAAUAAAAAAAAUAAAUAA